GUGGAACUCAAAACGGUUCAAAUAAACACAUUCAUCCGGACAUUCUUGGCCCAAAAAAAGAAUCUAAGACCUAAAUUCGUAAUUCGGAACUUUAUUCGUAAUCAACCUCUUCCACAAACCCUCACCCUAUAUAUCCUCGCUCUGAUAGCACAAUCCAAUCCCUCUCGGCGCGUCUCUCUGCUUCAACAUCCGUUUACACCAUCCCAGAGAGCCCUUGCAAGGAGCGCCAUGUUGAUCUAUCAGGAUAUUUUGACUAAUGAUGAACUUCUCUCUGAUUCAUUUCCUUACAAGGAAAUUGAGGAAGGACUGCUAUGGGAAGUUGAGGGAAAGUGGGUUGUUCAAGGAGCUGUUGAGGUAGAUAUUGGAGCAAAUCCAUCUGCAGAAGGUGGCGAAGAGGAUGAGGGUGUGAAUGACACUGCCACUAAGGUUGUUGACAUCGUUGACACAUUUAGACUCCAGGAACAAGCCACCUAUGAUAAGAAGAACUUUGUUGUAUAUAUGAAGAAAUACAUUAAAGCAAUAUCGGGUAAGUUGACUGGAACUGAACUAGAGGAGUUCAAAAAGAAAAUUGAGCCAGCAACCAAGUACCUGCUUGGAAAGCUUAAGGAUUUGCAAUUUUUUUCCGGCGAGAGCGGUACAGAUGAUGGCAGUCUUGUGUUCGCUUACUACAAGGAGGGUGCCACUGACCCUACAUUCCUCUACCUUCCCUAUGGUCUGAAGGAGGUUAAGUGCUAAGUGGUUGAUUUUACCUGUGGUGUGUUCAACGAGAACUAUAUAUAUUCUAUGUGUUUUCUUGUAGUGCUAGCUCCUAAUAUUUGUAUUUUUGUGUUUGUGUGAUGGGAUUCUCAAAGUAUCUGUUAUGUAUUUGUAUCUUUCAUUUUUGAACAUUUUUGAAGAAUGAUGAUUGCUUUUUGUUUCUAAAUCACGUAAUAAGCACAACUUUGUUAGCUGAUUGCGAAAUGUUUUUGUAUGUGCGUUAACAGAUUUAUGGUAUUUUUUCUUGCUUUAUAUUAGAAAAAGCGUUC